UCGAGUCGUGCACCACGGAACACGCGAUAGUCAGCCGUGCCGGCUGCCGCGACCGAGUUGGACACACGCGCCCGACCACCACGGAGAUCUCGCUAGAUAACCGACCUACCCCGUGUCUAUCGAGCAUCGUCAGCUAUCGAAACAACAAACGGAGGGAAAAGGACCGAAGAGCCGACACGUUGACACCGGCUGUCCGUCGUGCCGCCAGCGGAAGAGGAUUCGAUCGACGCGGGAUCGAGAAUCACCCGCGAAACCCGUGACAACCGGCUAGAUCGACGCACGGCUCGAAAUCCCGGAUGGCCGUUGUAUUAUGUCACACUCCCACGCGAGCGACGGCCGCCGGCGCGACGGUGAACCGAGCCAACGUCGUCGUCGUUUGACAUUUCCACGAGCGCGGAGUGGUUGACGCCGGACCUGCUGUCGGCCGUGCAGACGCGCGUGGACUACGAGUGUUAUGCUACGUUUGUCGCCGGUGACGAACGCGCCCGAGGACCGCGGGGGCAAUAUCGCGCGCCCACGGGACCACCUCUAAGGUCCAGUGACUUAUCCUUGGUGACCCGCGUGAUAUUGGUCUUUGUUGGUGUACCGCGCGGCACGCGGCUCUCUUAUUAUCGAUCUGCUUCGCGGAACCGUGCGAGAUUGCCGAUGUUCGAUAGUCGGCGCUCGAGCUACGUCUGUGCUCGUUUAGAGCGAACUCGGUGUUCGUCCACGGUAGACCUGUGAAACGUCCGAGUUGGAUCAAGAGGAUCCGUCGUCGGGAUCGCUCCAGGAGGCAAGAAAGCGUCCAGCGGUUUCCGGCCGUACGAAGAAGGAUCCGCGUCGUCGUCGAGGAUCCGCGUGGUUUACGAGUGCGAUAUUUCGAUUUUCGGAAUCCAACCCGCGGACGAUAAUUACGCGAGUGUCAUUCGUCGCGGUUUCCGUUGUGCCGAUCUUGUCUGUGAUGAACGACACGCGAAAGUGAAUAAUUAAACGUAACGUACGGGGAGGACCAAGAAAGAGGGAGUGUCACAACGCGUGUGAAAUGGAUGGUACGCCAAAGAAUAGAGAAGCAGUGUUAAUAUAUGGAUGCCCAUGGGUGGAAUUUGGCCGAAAUGUGCCAGCGCUACCAUCACGCUGUACCGGGAGCCCAAAAUUCCUCGCCAGGUAGGGAUCCUUCGGCUGCCAUCGUGCAAGGCCUCUCAACGGCUGCGCAUAUCGAACAGGCCAGCCCUUCUUACUCCCACUACACGAUGCUGGAUAAUUAUGACAGGGGUGAGGUGACACCACCACCGGUGAGCAGUUAUGGCGGUUCCCCUGGACUCUUGGCACUUCAUUCCUCGCUUUAUGCGACACCCACGUCGAGGGCCUACGACAUCGAAUCGAAUAUCGACGGCAAUGACAGUUCCAUGCCCAUCGAUACCCAAAUCAUUUCGAUACCGGGAAUGCUGAGCGGGCCGGCGCAACAGCGGCUGGAGGACAUGUCCUGGCUGGCUUCCGGCCCGUCCCUCGAUUAUCAGCAAGGCAUUUCGCCGAUUCCCACGGGAGUGAAGAUGUGCCAUCCAGGCAGCACCGCUCAGAGGAGCCUCAAGGAGCAACGGAUACGUCGCCCGAUGAACGCGUUCAUGGUCUGGGCAAAGGUCGAGCGCAAGAAAUUGGCCGACGAGAAUCCCGACCUCCACAACGCCGAUCUCAGCAAGAUGCUCGGAAAGAAAUGGCGAGGGUUGACCCCGCAGGACAGAAGGCCAUACGUCGAGGAAGCGGAGAGGCUGAGGGUCAUACACAUGCAGGAACAUCCGAACUACAAGUACAGGCCACGGCGCAGGAAACACGCGAAACGGGCCCCGGGGGCACCGUCCUCACCUCCGUCCGCAACCAACACCGUCGGCAAUAGGUCCAACCCCGCCGGUGCGACGAUUCAUCAUUCCAUGUCCAAGAUGGACAAUUACCAAGGCAUUCCUCAAAUCCCAUGGGGCGGCCAUUCCCCGAUCUCGUCCCUGUACCAUCAUCAGCAGCAGCAGAGUAUCCAGGAGUACAAAUCGGAGAACAAUUCCCUGUACGGUAGCCCUUAUACGCCUAUCAUUCACACACCGGACAUAUCUCCAGUUGCUAGUCCAGAGCCUGAUGGUGACGGAACGCAUUUGCCAUCCAACCAAAACCCAGAUCCCGAACGAGAUCUGAUGGAGGGUACGUCGAAGCAGCACGGCGAAAUGAACGAGCAAACGAAACGGUAUACCUUUAUGAGCGAUAAUCAGCUGCACACAGGUCAUGCUGGUGGUACUAGCAUAUCGUCGUGUCAGAAUUCUGGUGCUUACACGGACACUCUGACUUAUAAAAAAUCGGUGAGCUACUUAAAUUUUGAAAGGCAGCCGUCCAGCAUAGCAGCGGUGGGCAUAGCGAACGGUAUGAUGGUAUCGUGUAACAAACUGCGCUCCGGAUUCGAAAACGUUGGCUCUGUCACGGGCACUUUUUAUCCACCAGUCGCAUCCCCGCACGAUCAAUCGUUGCAGCACUACACGAGCACUCAGUCCUCGAAGAAUGCCAACUAUUCGAUGCAGUCCUCCGUCGAGGGUAACUAUAAUCCUGUCCAGUGUGCCAAUCGACAGCAGUCCAUGGGGAUUCGCGGAGCCGCCGAAGGUUGUUCCGGUGUGUCGCAUCGGUACCAAAUGACUCACCACCAGGAGUACCAGACGGAGACCGGCGGUACGGGUCAGCAGCAUCCUAUAUUGGGUCACAUGGAUCCAGGAAUGACCGCCGAGGAGGAGCAACAACAGACGCUACAGCUGGAGAAAUAUUUCAAGUACGCUCACCCCAGCAGCGUGGGUCACAGUAGCCUGUCGUCGCAGAAUAUGCUCGACAGCAAUCACAAUUACGCUAGUGAUCUGCGUUAUUACGCCCCGCAGCAGUCACAGAUGGACAUGUCGAACUCUCAGUGCAUCGUCGACGAUCAGAGCAAAGACGGUCGUUGCUCGAACGUCGGUAUCGGCCAUACGAUGGAACAGUACCACCAGGGCAUGGACGUCGCGAAGUAUUCCGAGCACCCGUCCCAGCAGCAACAGCAGCAACAGCACCAGCAGCAACAGCAACAGUCGCAGCAGCAAUCUCAGAGCAUGGAGCACGUGUCGAAACCGGACGACGAUUUCAGUGUAAUACUUGCCGACGUGCGCAAGACAUGUUACAGUGUUACCUAGUGUUCCCAUAGACAUUUUUUUGUUCUUUUUGAUACGGGAGACUUAUCUUAUAGCUGUAGUACCAAGAACCGUAGGUAUAUAGCGUUUACAAAGAAUCCGGUGCUUAUACACAUUUUUAUACUCCGUACACACACUUUCCAGUGCUGAUCGUUCUUAACCGUAGUUUUGCGUUAGAGGAUGACCCAUCCGACUUUAUCGUUGGGAACGUAUAGGAGGUCCUAGUGAUCAUGAUAUAAGCGGAGAGAGGAAUAAAUUUAAUAUACAUAGUCUUUGAAACAGUCGACUUUAAACGUAAGUAUACCACUUGGAUAUCAGACUAAGUAGAAAUAACGAGUAAUGGACGGACCAGGAAUCGUACAGUAGCUGGAUUUUAGAAUCGUUUCGAAUUGCUUCGAAUCUUAUUGUGUGUCGCAAAACAGUGAUUCUUAAAAAAAGUCUUAAAAAUCUUGAUCGCCUUGAAAAUUUUAUUUCCCAUUUUCGACUUAUUUUUUUUACCCCUUCCUGGUUGUACCAUGAUUAGUGGGACAUCCUGUAUACGUUAAGUGAUUCAAAAGUUUUCUCUCCUGGUAUCAUUAUCUAGAAUAAAAAUAUUUUAAAUAAUUUUGAACAAAUAACUCUUGUUGAAAACGUUAUUUUGAAAUAUUAAAAAUAGAACAAAUAUUUGAAGCGAUAGAGUUAGAUGAUUCAUCCUGUUUGUUAUAUUUUGGAUAGAAGGAGCGGAGUGAGAUUCUCGAAACACAUUUAUUCAACGAUACGUAAAAUGACACGAGAAACCAUCAAAUAUCUCUUUCGUAAUUCGUUACAAAAAAUAUACAGAAAUUGUUUCUACGAGCUCACUGUGCUUUUUCCUCCGAAUAUAAUUCGAGUAGCGAUAAUUCAGUAGAAAAUCGAAUCUCUCCGAAGACGUCCAUGCGCAAAAUACUUCCCGAAACUAGUACGAAAAGUAGAACUCGUGAUAAAUAGUAGCGAUGUGCCAGUAUACGACAUUGUCAUUUUUGUUUGCAAAUGGAAAAGGAAAUGAUACACAGGUGAAAAUUGAAUGGUUCUAGUCCAAUUUCCUGUAGUUUAACGUUUUCUGCGAGUGAGACGAUACACCUAUUUUUUGAUUCGUUUUGUCAUUUUUAGCGUAAAAGUAUUAAAGUAGGGGUGUCGAAACAUGUGUACUUUAUUUGAAAAUACAUCACAGCUUCGACUUCAGCUACGUGGAAGCCGUGAAUACUCGUGCAAACUCGUACAGGUUGUUCACCAAUUCAUGCUACAAAUAAUCUAGACGCGUAACAGAUGUAUUUAUUAAUAUUUAUUAAACAUUACUAUAUUUAGCAAAUUUUUAAGUAAUCCACAAAAUUGAUCAAGUGUAACAUUUUUUGAAAACGUAGAAAUUAUUUGAACCUUGAACUAGGGUAGUUCUGAAUUAAAAAAAUCCCCCGUAAGAUUAAUUUUGUUAAUUAUAUUUGUUUUAGGUAACAAGAUAGAAAUAAAUCAGGGAAUUCUAAACGAUACAAAAAUGUUUAUAUGUUUAGAAAAACUACCAUAAUCCCGACCUAAUCUCAAUCUAAAUAACAAACAGAAACCGAAAUAUUUCGUGUACUCGCACACCGCUAAAUAUCAUCAUCUGUUUUCGAACGUUCCGUUAAAAUUUUUUCACACGCAGUACGUUUACUUAAUUUAUAUCAUAGUUAUCGUUACUUUCAGCAACGGAAUCGCUGAAACUCACGACAUUAUUGUUGAACUAUUUUUUUUAUCCUCCUAUGCACUCACGGUACCGCAUGGCACUGUAUAUUUAGAACAUACCAGUAUAUCUCACUGCGAAAAUAGAUCGAACAUAUUUCCGUAGCAAAUUAAACGUAUCAAUUUCUCUUAGCGAUCGAUCCUACGGCAGGCUACUUAAAAGAUGGUGUUCCGUUCUAUUUGUCGACAUCUUGAAUAAGAACAAUCCAUCAUUUAGCACUGAGACCGUGACAUUUAGUCAUCUUAUUUAUAACAUUCAUGAAAAAUAUAUGUACAUGAAAUGGAAAAUUAAAUAUAUAUAUACACAGUUUUGUGAUAGUUUAACAGUUAGACGACGGGUGGAAAAAUGUUGCCAUUCAAAAUGGCCGCGCGAACUCAUAAAACCGCGUUCACCGAAAUUGCAAUUCUCGCAUUAUCGAACGUUCGUUUAUUGAAAUUUCAAACAAGUCACGAAUAGUAUAUAUACAUAUACAAAUAACAUAAUUCAUGUCAGGAUAUUUAUUACGUUCAAAAGUAAAAAAACCGGGUCAAUGGCUGUAUUUUAUAAGUUUUGACUUUAAAAUCAUUGAUUAAAAAUUUAUGGAAAACUGUGCGUUGAAUAUGUCGGCGUAAAAUUGAAUGGCCACUCAAGGCCAUCGGAGUUGCUAUCCCCGUCACUUUAUUCGAUCAACCUGUUGCUGUCUAUGAUUUCGAACUACGAUUCCACGUCCCGUCGACUAAAUGUUAAGAAACUCGCGUGAAAAAAAAGAAGUACUUAUCGAAAAAAAUUGUUACACCCAGUAACGAAGAUAUUAUCGAAGUACCUUGUUUCCAAUAAUCGUACAUUAAGUUUUUCUCGUUGACCAUCACAUGUGUAUAAGCACGAUCUCUUACUUUUCCUCUGUUCAGCCGACUGAAUUGAAAUUCGCUGUAAAUGUAGCAUAAAUAGCAAGAACGAAUUUUUUACUCGCGCAGGCUUUCUACUUCCGUUACUCUUAACUAUCUCUAUGUAGCAUAUGAUUAUACGUAGCGUGGCAAUAAACGUGGAUAUUUUAUUAUCGUUCGAUAUUGAAUUUGAAUAUUUUAUAAGCGAUGGAAUCUUAGGUAAGUGUAAUGAAACGCUGAGAAGUACUAAAUUAUUUUAUAAUUACUGUAUCGUACUUAAUAGAAACAAUUAUCAACAUUCAUUUAUGUAUCCCCGUGUAUUUCUCGACCAUUCCGAUCGGAUUUCUGUUCAAUUUGUUAUAUUUAAGUUGAUUAAUUUUAAUUUGUCAUGGUGCACCCAGCUGUGGGCCCCAUACGAGGAACGAGUGAUUCGCGUUUGACAUAUUAUAUGUUAUUUAAGGUUACGAACGUUUACGCAUGCGUCGAACGCAAAUUACACACGAUUAUUAUUUAUUCAUUCUUUUUAUUAAAUAUAUAUAAAAAAUAUGUGUAUAAGUUACAAUGUCAUGUGUAAAGUUGAAAUCAUAUACGGUGAGUUACAUCAAGUUCUGAUUCGGUGUGUCGAUAGAAAACAUUUUAAUUGCUAGAGCAUACUCUCCAUUUCCUCCUUUAUUGUAUAAUUCCCAAUCGCCUUACCCUUCCCCCCUCCCUCCCCUUCCCAUAUACAAAACAAAAAAUUUCCGCAACAAUGUUUACAAGUUACCUUGGUUAAUCAGUACAUUUGUUAUGUGAGAGAGGACUAACAUUGAGUGAGUGACUCUUUCAAACAGGAACAGUUGUUUGAAAUAUUUCUCUUUGGACCAUGUUAGAAUUAGUAUUUAUACCCUCAUUAUUCAUGUGUGUAUUCCUUAUGUUUUAAACAUGCACAUUGAUGACACAUAUAAUUUGUUGGACACGACUUUAGCUAUUGGAACAAUGAGAAUGGGGCAUGGGAGUCUUAAUCAAAAGAUUGCGUCCAACAUAGUCCUUCUAUCUAUUUUCGAGGAGUGGAGAAAAGCCCAGGCGCCAUGUUGCCUUAUUUUUAUAUAUCAACUUAUUUUUCUGGCUACCAUUGUAACCCUUAAAACGUAAUCUUUUGAUUAAUAUCACCCUCUCCCUACUUUCUUAUUGACCCAGUAAUUAAAGCGGAGUCAUUUAUUGGAAGUGCUAACGACAAUAUUUCAAAUAUUUUGCAAUUUACCUAUGGUUUGUUUGGUAACUAUACAGUGUGUUCUGCCACCUCUGGGAAAAAUUUCAAUGGUAGAUUCUAAAGACCAAAAUGAGACGAAAAUCAAGAAUACCAAUUCGUUGAUUGAAGCUUCGUUAAAAAGAUAUUAAUGUUUAAAGUUAGAGAGUCACUAUCGCGCGUACGCACAGGCGGAACUUUAAACGUUAAUAACAUUUUAACGAAGCCUCGAUCAACAAAUUGGUAUUCUUGAUUUUCGUCUUAUUUUGCCCUCUAGAAUCUCCCGUUAAAAUUUUUCCCAUAGGUGGCCGGAACACUCUGUAUGUAUAUGUAUUCAUAUACGUAUAUACACAUGUACAAAUUUAUAUUGCUAUUCGCAAACUUAACUCGUUACGGUCCAUGUACAAAAUUACUCUGUCGAGUCACGUCGUACUAUCUUAUUCGUGUACGCGUUUAACAAAGUUUGUGACAAACAUUGAGUCAUUUUCGCUUCUUCAAUAAAUACGGUUAUUAGGUGGUAACAAAUAUACGUAUAUCGAGCCAGUAACAUCGUCGAAUAAUACUUAGCACUUACACGGUACAAAUUUCAUAGGUAUCAGAUUACAGACGUAAGUAUGUGCAAUUCAUCUUUCUUAUACUCGAAGAUUCAUUAGAUACGAUUUAUAUUCGUGUGGAAGCGCGGAGAACUACUUCGUGUGUGCAUAUAUAAUACGUAUAUUAUUAAAUUGGACAGAUAUUGCAGUCUUGUUUGUAGCGAUUUACUAUGAAAUGUAUACUGUCGUUUCUCUUUUUUAAAUGCAAAGCAAUUUCUUUUUUUUUUUAUACAAAUAGCAAACUCUUUAUACAAAUUGAUAAUUUCACUUGCAGAAAUAUUGCAAAUCUUAUACUACCGACUGUACACGAUUCGAUUCGACUGGAGCCCUUAUAUACAAACCUAAUUUAAUUAUGUGCCUUCUUUGAUCGUUUGUAUUUACAGCAGGUCGCAAAAAUAUUCGAACACUUACAAUCGCGAAAUUUUAAUAAAAUACAAAGGAUUACGAUAGCAAAAUUUUAAGGAACGCAGCAAUUAUUUAUGUAACAUAAAGAUCUUAUAGUUCAUGUUUGUAAUAAAUGUUUCAGAAUUGACUAUACAUGUUGACACAUCAUUCGCAAAUAUUGUUAAUAUAAUUUUUACGUCUUAUUGUGUUCAUAAUAUUUUGAACGAUAAUUAUCUCAAAAUUUUCGAAAUCCCGCCCAAGACGGGAGUAUCGAGAUCUCGAUCGAUCCCAUCCGAUCCCGUCCGACUUUUACCGAACCCGAAAUCUCGAGAUCCAGCACACAGCUAGUAACAGUUUAUUUCAUACACUUUGCUUAAUUCACGUUUUUAAUCGUAACUAUUUGAAUACUUUUGCGACCAAGUAUACGUUACCACGCGCGUCUUACACUAUAUACAAUUAAAACUCGACUUACACAUAUAAAUAAUAACUUUACAAGUCAUGUAUAAAAUAUUCAUUACAGACACAUAUAAUGCAUUCUGGCAUUGCACAUGAGUAAAUUAGACGCAGACGUCUUUACACGGAAGUUUAAAUGGAUUAUUUGUAACCGAUUGGUUGUUCUUACUGCGUACACGCGAAUAUUUAAUGUCAGCCAAUGCCAAUUGUACCUGACAGCUGUAAGCAGUAAGAAAAGACAAUGGUUUUCAAGCUCAUCAAGAGGCCCGAACGUCCUCGAACGACUAUACGUAGAUCCUUUAUUGAUGAAUUAUUAUUUCGAGACAAUAUAGAGUAAAAGUUGGAUAUAUGCCCGAAAACUUUUACUGUACAUACGUGUAAUUCCUUUCAUUAGUAAUUUUAAGAUAUAUUGUGCAUAUUGUGUACUACAUUAGGAAUGAUUAGCUUCUUGAUAAAUACACUAAAAGAUCCAACUUGGGAAUAAUAACAGGAUAAAGAGUUAAUUAAAACUUGCAUAUUAUAAGAUAUGAUAUAAGUCUUUCGGGGUGUAGUUUCUUUCUUUUUUUUUUCUAAGUUUUUCUUCGUUCGUUAUACUUUUUUUUUUAUAACAAAGUAUGUGAAUUAUUAUGCUAGUAAAAUACAAAUAUUGCUGUUACAAAUGUAUCCAUUCGGUUGAAGUCUAUAAAAGUGAGAAUAUGUCUAAAAAUUUUAUAACAGUCGGCUUGAAAUUGUCCAACUUAUUCUAGUUUUGUAAUUUUUUUUUUUUUUUUUCUUUUUUGAAAGUAUGCAGUGAAAAAAAUUAAAAUUUGCAUUAACAAAUAAUGGAAAAUAUGUUACUAUGUUAAAUAGGAAACCAUUGCUCGUGAAUCAUUUCAAGCAAAAGUUUUCAUAUGUUUUGCUAAAAGUGAGCACUGCAAGUAGUGCACAAUUAUUAAAAUAAUUUUUAUGUACAUAUGUAAUAAGUUUAAAAAUUUGAUGAGAUCAAUGAUAAUUUAUCAAAUGUACAUAAGUAACAAAAAUACCCUUUACAGUAAUUCUUUACUUUUAUAGAUAUUGGAACAUUGAUAUU